AUGGCGCCCUCUCUGUCAUCCACCCUCCUCUUCGCUGCCUCAGCAGCAGCAAAAAUCUACUACGCCGGCAUCGACGAAUCUGGCGGCGAGUUCGGCGUCUACAGCUCCACCGCCACCAAAGGAACCGGUCUCCCCGGCCGCUUCAACGUAGACUAUGCCUUCCUCAACGCCUCCACAGUCCCGAUCUGGGUCAACCAGAACAAGAUCAACACCUUGCGCGUCGCUUUCUUGCUCGAGCGCAUGUGCCCCUUGGCCUAUGGGUUGGGAAGGAGGUUCAACGAGACUUACUUCUCCGAGUACAAUGCCGCGAUCACGGCCAUCACGAAUGCCGGCGCGUAUGCCAUCUUGGAUCCGCAUAAUUAUAUGAGAUACAAUGAUCCAUCUCAGCAGCCGACUACGGGCUCGAUUAUUGGCAAUACUGCCGAUCCGGCUGCGGCGACCACGAAGCAAUUCGAAGACUUCUGGAACGAGCUGGCUGGUCGAUACAGGAACAACCCGAGGGUUAUCUUUGAGAUUAUGAACGAGCCGCAUGAUAUGAGCACCGCUCUCCUCCUCCAAGACGACCAAGCAGCCAUCAACGGCAUCCGCGCUUCCGGGGCCAAGCAAAUGAUCCUCGCACCCGGCAAUGGCUACACGGGCGGGCACUCGUGGAACCAAUCUACCUGCGCCACCUGCCAGCCCAGCUCAGACUACCUCUACAAACUCAAGGACCCGAUCGACAACACCGCCAUCGACAUCCACGAGUACCUCGACGUCGACUUCAGCGGCCAGCACCAGAAUUGCACUCAGCCCUUCCCGCCUAACCUCUCGUUCUUGACGUCGUGGUUGAAGAAGUAUCAGCUCAAGGCGUUCAUUUCGGAGUUCGGUGGUGACAAUAAUACUAUGUGUGACAACUACCUGACGCAGGCGGUUCAGUACAUGAAUGAUAACCCUGAAUAUAUCGGAUGGACCGCAUGGGCCGCUGGGCCGCUAUGGGGAACGAAUGCUCCAUGUUGUAACGACGGCGUUGGCCUUGGUUCGCUGGAGCCGGGUAGCAGGGCUAGUGAUGGCAGUCCUGGAUUGUAUUACACUGUGUGGCUCAAGGUCCUGGAGAAGCUUGUUCCGGCUAACCUGAAGAGGAGUGGUAUUAGCAGUAUCCAUGGUUGA